AUGGAGACUCAGUCGCAGCCACAGCAGCGUCGCCGUCGAAGGCCAGCUCUCUCUUGUCGAGAAUGCCGUCGCCGCAAGAUCAAAUGCGAUCACAAUAACCCGUGCGCACAGUGUUUGCGGCACAAGACUCGAUGUGUAUACAAAACCUAUACGGAGGAUUCUGAUGACCAGUCCAUCGCUGUGACCACCCAGCAGCAUGAUUCGCCGCCCCACACCAAGAGCCCCCGGCCGUCAGACAGCUCGGCUCCGCGACAACUCGCUCAAGCUGGGGACUUGAGUAAUAGUAACGGAUCUAUCUCGGUGCCUCGACAGGGGAGCAGCUCAAUCACACCUGGGGUCACAGCGCCAGCGGCAGCGGUGCCUCACUCUGACCGCAAUGACCUGGGGGCCACUGUUAGUGAUCUUCUGCAUCGGAUACAGAAGCUGGAAGAAUCCUCAGCAAGCGGAUCCCGGACCGGUAACAGUUCUCUCAAAGAGGUCCAUGUGCGCCAGUCGCCGGGGCCGCAAGAGUGGCAAGCUGUCCUGAACAAGUCAAGAGACUGGGGCAGGAGUCGUUGGAUGGGCGCAGCUAAUGAAUUCGCCGCCAUAAUCGCCUGUUACAGCGAGAUAAUGGGUGAGCGUAGCAAGGACGGCUCGUUUCAAGGGCCUGAAGCCUCGGUAAUGAUCUCUCAGGCCAGUGACUUGCUCCGGAAAUGCAAGGAUAGGGCGAGGAGCAUCAAGAUCAGCCGACCCACGAGAGGUCUUCCUUUUCCGGGCUUCGGAUUUGCGCCCCCUUCCCGGAAGACGGCUCAUGCCAUGGCCAAUCUCUAUUUGACAUCAUUUGAAUCGACGCAUCGUAUACUUCACGUCCCUACCUUCUGGCUCGAGUACCAAAGAUAUUGGGAGAACCCCGACGGGGCCGCCCCUAGUCUACGUCUCAAGGUCCUUCUUGUCAUCGGCAUAGGGUCAAGUCUAUACGACCAUGGAGACAGAGCUGCCGCGCUUCGCAAUAUCGACUUGGUUCAGCAAUGGAUCUACGCCGCUCAGACCUGGCUUUCCGGGCCGCUGGAAAAAGACCGCCUGGACAUCGCCGGGCUGCAAAUCUACUGCUUGAGUAUUCUGGCCCGGCAGAUCUUCUCCAUCGGCGCUGACACGAUAUGGAUCUCGAUCGGAUCGCUUGUCCACAGCGCCAUGCAACUCGGGUUACACCGGGACCCAAAACACCUCCCCGCUAUAUCAGUUCUACAAGCCGAGCUGCGCCGGAGGCUCUGGUACACUAUUCUCGAAUCCGUCGUCCAGGCGUCCCUGGAUUCCUGGAUGCCGCCGAGAAUCUCCUUUGACGAAUUCGAUACCGAGCCACCCUCCAACAUCAACGAUGAUGAGCUCGACGAGUCAACGACAGAGCUCCAGCCGUACGCCAAGGACACAUUCACAGGUACAUCCACCCAGCUCGCCUUAAUCGAAUCGCUGCCCAUCCGCCUGCAGAUCGUUCAGCUCCUCAACGGUCCCCAUUCCGAAAUCUCCUACGACCGCGUCCUCUCCCUCAGCUCCGAGCUAAUCCACGCCCUCCAUGCAUGCAGCCACCAAAUCAAAGACGGUAACGGAUCUACCCCCUUCCACCGAAACCUCCUAGACUACCUAAUCCGCCGCUUCAUGAUCCCCCUACACUACUCCUUCAGCAACCAGGCCCGCACCAACCCCCUCUUCCACUACUCGCUCAAGCUCAGCCUCGACGCCGCCCUCGCCAUGGUUUCUCCCGAGCCAGACCCAGCGUUUGCCCGGCUCAUGGCUACCGCCGGUGGUCUCUUCCGCGAGGGCAUCCGGUGCGCCACCUCAGCAAUCAGCCUCGAGCUACUGGCGCAUGUUGAAACCCAGCGACUUAACGGCACGAUGCAACGUACGCGCCAGUACCGCGAUUUCCUCAAGCAGGCUGUCCGCGACCUCAUCGCGCUGUCUGAGGAGCGCAUCCGGCUGGGUGAGACGAAUGUGAAGAACCAUAUGUUUCUAAGCAUGAUUCUCGCUCAGGCUGAGGCGGUCGAGGCGGGGGGAGAGAUUGAGCUGUGGGUUGCGCGCGCUGCGAAGGAUAGCUUGGAGUUGUGCGAUAGUCUGCUGAAGACGAGGGAGGAUACCGGCUCGAGCCGGAUGGCGUCGCCUGAUGAGGCGGCACUGGUGGCGGCGGGGAUGGAAGGCCUUGGGCCGGAUUUUGGGUGGGAGUCUUUCUUUCCGGAUGGGGGCUUGGGCUUUCAGAGUUGGCUUGGGAGCUAG